GUCCUUUUGAAUUUCAUUCAAUUCUACACAAUGGCACAGGGAAAGGUUUGCCUCGCCUACUCCGGCGGUCUCGAUACCAGCUGCAUCUUGAAGUACCUCAUCGAAGAGGGCUAUGAGGUCGUCUGUUUCAUGGCCGAUGUCGGUCAGGAAGAGGACUUCGAGGCUGCCCGCGAGAAGGCCCUGAAGAUCGGUGCCCUCAAGUGCGAGAUUAUUGACAUCCGCCGCGAGUUCAUCGAGGAGCUUUGCUUCCCCGCCAUUGCUUGCAACGCCGUCUACGAGGAUGUCUACCUGCUCGGUACCUCCCUGGCUCGCCCCGUUAUUGCCCGCGCCCAGAUCGAUGUCGCCAAGCGCGAGGGCUGCUUCGCCGUCUCCCACGGUUGCACUGGUAAGGGUAACGACCAGGUCCGCUUCGAGCUUGCCUUCUAUGCCCUCCAGCCCGAAAUCAAGGUCAUUGCCCCGUGGCGCGACCCCGUCUUCUACGAGCGCUUCAAGGGUCGUCAGGACCUGCUCGACUACGCCGAGGAGAAGGGUAUUCCCGUCACCUCCACUAAGUCUAAGCCCUGGUCCAUGGAUGAGAACCUUGCCCACUGCUCUUACGAGGCCGGUAUUCUCGAGGAUCCCGAUACCACUCCUCCCGCCGACAUGUGGAAGUUGACCCAGGACCCUCUGACUGCCCCCGAUCAGCCCGAGGACUUCACUCUCCACUUCGAGAAGGGUCUCGAGUACCUCGAGGAUGGCAAGCAGAAGGCUGUUACCGACUCCGUCGAGCUCUUCCUCACCGCUAACGCCAUUGCCCGCCGCAACGGUGUCGGCCGUAUCGAUAUCGUCGAGAACCGUUUCAUCGGUAUCAAGUCUCGCGGCUGCUACGAGACCCCCGGUCUCACCUGCCUGCGCUCCGCCCACCUUGACCUUGAGGGCCUUGUCAUGGACCGUGAGGUCCGUGCUCUGCGCGAUUCUUUCGUCACCUCCAACUACUCCAAGCUCCUGUACAACGGCAUGUACUUCUCCCCCGAGCGCGAGUUCCUUGAGAGCUCCAUCACCGCUUCCCAGAAGACCGUCAACGGUAAGGUCCGUUGCCGCGCCUACAAGGGCACGGUUUCCAUCCUCGGUCGCUCCUCCGAGACCGAGAAGCUCUACGACAUGACCGAGUCCUCCAUGGAUGAGAUUGGUGACUUCUCCCCGCCGAGACCACUGGCUUCAUCAACGUGUCUGCCAUUCGUCUCAAGAAGUACGGUCAGAUGA